AAAAGUAACUCAUCACAAAUAGACCGGAGCCGGAGUGAUUCUUGCGGUAAACCAUCACACUUUUGAGACAGAAUGCAUUCCACUGCAGAAAACUAGCCAAAGAUCUUCAACACCUGCCUGGUGUCAAAAACCUUGAGUGGACGUCAAAUGUUCUUCAUCAAUGAUGUGACAGCAACCGUUUUAGCAACCAGCCAUACUUGUGCUCUGAGGAAAUACCAUACUUAUCAUGGUUAAUGAUCGCUGUAUCUGUUAACUAUUUAAAGUGGCAAUCGCAGGGUAUGUGGUAUGUCCACAAAACUAAAAAAUAAAUGAAAAAACAUAACAACCCUGUGAGUAAUAUUGUAUCAAAUCAUGGAUGGCCUGGAAGAUGCUAAGAAGCGUUUCGGCUGUGGAUUAUGUACUGCAGCCUUCUCCAGCCUUGACAACCUCGAUCAUCACACUUGCCCAUUCAAAGGAAAAUGUCCUUUUACUUGUCUUGAGUGUGGUACAGCGUUUUCCAAGAAAAAACACUUGAAGAAACAUUACGAGUUGUUGCAUAAAAACUGCGACGAUUCAGUCAGUUCAAAGUGGGCAUACACAGAGAAGCACAUCUAUAUGUGCGAUCUGUGCAGGCAAAGCUUCCAGCAAAAGGACAGGUGUCUCAGCCAUUACUUAACACAUAUUAAGGAAAAGCAGUUCAAAUGCACCAGUUGUGGAAACGAUUUCAUCCAAAUUGGAUUGUUACCCAAGUAUGUGUCGCCCGGUUGCUCCAACCAAUGUGGACACUGCGGUUAUCUUCAAAGCAAAAGUUUCAACCCCGGCAAUACAUUCAUUGUCGACAAAGGGAAGUCAAACUCUAAAGCUCUAGAUACUUCGAUGGACCAACCGAGUAACCAUAUUGAAGGCGCUACCAUCAGAAAACCACCGUUUAUUUGCGAAUCAUGUGGAGAAGAAUUCAACAAAGUCUCGGCUCUAGGACAUCACAAGAGUCAGGGCUGUCAUCGUCAUGAGGAACAAGAACUCUGUUCAAGUAAAAACACCUUUCCAGAAUCUACUUUGAAUGGAGACCAAGAUCCCCUUGGCAUUAACAAUCGUGAGGAUGUAACUACAGUUGACUUGGUUAGUGUUAAAACAGAACCUGAAUUUGAUGUUUUCAACGACUUUGGUGAGAACGACGACGAAGAGAAUGGGUUCAUAGUUCCCAACAGUCAUGAAAGUCAGGGUUUCAGGCGUGAAAACGGUAUUCCUUCAUCGUCAAAUUGUGGUGAUUACCAAGACUCUCCCAGCGUUGAUAGUUCUGUGGAUUCCGUCAAUCGGGGUGAGCAACUCUUUAGUGAGCCUCUUCAUGCCAAAAGAGAAGCGGAACCCAUCUUUGAAAACAACUUUAACCAAAAUUGUGAUGAAAAUUAUCUCGCCCACGGUGUUACUGACAGUCAUCAACAACUUCAUGGAAGUGGAAACAUUUUACCAACAUUUUCAAUUCUUGAGAAGUGCCUACAGUCUCACAUUGUUAAUAGUCCAGAGGACAUUGCGAAUCAAGAAAAGAAAGCUACAAUUGAGCCCACUGUGACUAUUGUCAAAAGAGAACCUGAGUCUGUAACUUCCACAAGUUUUGAUGAGAGAAAAGAAGAUAACCUUGAACAUAACAACGGCCAACUUAAUGGCAUGUUAUUAAGACAGUCUGUCUAUAUUUGUCGUUCCUGCGAGCAAGAAUUUCAUUCCGUAGAAGAACUUGAAGGGCACCGUAAACACUGCCGAAACCAGGCUGUUUCGCACGAUUUAAACACCUCUGAACAAAGUGCAAUUUGUGAACAUGAAGUUUUCAGUUUGGCUCACAUGAAGGAAGUGGGACAGACUGUCCCCACGAACAAUGAGCCAAGAAACAAAGAUUGUGAAGCAAAUCCACUGGAAAAGAACAAGCCUGAAAAAAGUCUUCACACUUGUUAUAAAUGUGGGAAACCUUUCGUAAGAGCUGCCAACCUGAAACACCAUUUGGUCAGUAAAAUAUGCUUCAGUGACGGUGAAUUCAUGUGUCGUUUUUGUGGAAAACCUUUUAAGUAUAAGAGUACCAUGUUAAUUCAUGAAGCUCAUGAAGAAAAGAAUGAACUAAAAAAGAGGAAUGAAUUCGCUUCAAAAACUAAUGGUGCCUCACUAGAAAAGCCCAAUAUUCUUAAGGAACCCGGACUAGAAGACGGAGAGCAGCUUGAUAAAUCAGGCAAGAAAAGAAGCAUCUGUCAAACAUGUGGGAAGACAUUCCUCCGGAAGUAUGACCUAAAACUCCACGAACGAAUUCACACCGGGGAAAAGCCGUAUUCUUGCAAAGAGUGCGGUUUAGCGUUUAGCAGAAAAAAAGCUCUGAAAAAUCAUGCCAAGUGGCACGUGGCUGUCGAUGGAGAAACACUGGGCAGCAAUAAUACCGAAAAUACUGUCAUACCUGAUUGGAUGGACUAGACACCCCUCCAGAGUACUGAUCCAUAAGCUCCGCCCACCAUAGCAACAACAUUCAUAGCUUGCAUUCCUGUUUUGUAAAUCAGCGCAUCCCUCCGAAGUUUCCUUUUUAAAUGUGCUACCCAGUGUUUGAGGCAAGGGUUAAACGAUUAGUUUUCAGCUUUUAUGUCAAAACCCGAUAUUCAAAAGUUUUUUCCAGUAAUUUCUUGUGGUUCUGACGACUCUUUCUAAACUGUAAAUAAAUUGAAAAAGAAGAAUCUCCAGUGAUGUGAAACUGAAGUGUAAUCUUUGCUGAAUCAGUUUAUCAAAUGAGGGUGCUAUCGUAAGGUUUUGAGGCAUAUUAAGGUAUUUUAUGUAGAAAGGUAAAAAUAAAAUUAAAAAUAACAGACCCACACAGUAGGCCUAUGCUAUUUCUACCUACAUGCUCCGACAAAAACGAACAGAAAAAGAAAAAUCCCAAACCAAAACAACAACACCAACAACAAGUUUUUAGAUACUGUGAUUUUUAAUGUUGAUGAUAUAUUCACAAUAUUGACAUAUAAUCAUCAGAUUAACUUGGGGUAGUUAUGACGAUAAUUUCAAUGUAAAACGAUCAAUUUUUUUGUGAAGCUUUAUAUAAAUAUAUUUACAUUAAUAUGCACUUAUUAAUCAUCAAUUUAACACGUGUGUAUAAUAUGGGAGUAGGGUUGCAGAGGCAAGGAUUUCAGGUAGGGCCGAACUUGGUUCAAAGUUAGUUUGAAGUGUGACGUUGUCGGAUGUUCAGGCUACGAGCCUGUCAUUAGCAGCAAAUUGUGUAUGACACAUCAAAGUUUCUACUGUUUGACCUUAAGUUUCCAGUGUAUUAAUGAAGACCAGACUCAAUAACUUUCAGGCUGUUUGGAAAGUAUGGACUUGAUGGAAAAAAAUAUGAUUGAACGAUGAUACAUAUUUUUGUGCGAGUACUUUUGAAAUUGAAAGUAUGCCCCCUCAACUGUCCUUCAGGAUAAGAAACACAAAACUUAUUACAAUAUUAAUACACCACAGGAAAUACAAAUUUUGUGUUCAAAGAAUGUAGUUAAAUACAGAGCUCGGACUAAUUCAUUAUGCCUUUUCACUAUACGUAAGGUUGGACAAUUCCCCCAAAAAAAAUUCUUAAAUAUACAGCUAGAUGUUUCAGACCCUUUUUUAAAUGACUUAUUGUUGAACAGAAUUCCUACCAAAUAUAUAUACCCAGUCUGUAUAUACUGGACAGCAGAAAACAUUAUCAUUGCUUGAAGUACUGUUUUUUAUAAAUAUUAUGUAGAACUUUUAAUACAUUGUGACUUAAAUUUUUGUGUAUCAGUGCAAAAACGGCUUAUUUAGA